AUGGACUGCAUCAUCCUCCUCAUACCGAUGCCGGUUAUUGCCAAGCUGAAGUUGCCGCCGAGGGUCAAGCUCAAUCUGGUGCUGUUGUUUCUUACGGGUGUUUUCGCCAUUACAGCGAGCGCCGUGUCCACCUACUACAAAUGGCUCUCCUUUAGCGGAGCCGAGAGCGACUCGACUGCAGCUAUGCUAUGCACAACAAUCGAAUGCUCCAUCGCCCUCUUGAUCGGCUGCGCCCCCGUCAUCUACUCAUUCUGGACCAAGUUCCGCCCAACAGUAUUCACCUGGUCAAGCUUCUCCUGGCGGUCCUCAUCAUCCGGGCCACGACGCAUCCUGGACACCGACAAUAGCGCGCCGUUCAGCGAGGAGAAUUCCCUGGUCAAUCUGGAUUCGAACGGCGGGGUCAGCAGCGUGAGAGAUGUCAAGGUGUCUGCUGAGGCAAUGCGGUCGAACAGAGGGUUUGAUUUGAUUGGAUUCGGGACUCGUAUUGGAAUGGCAUUGGGGUGUCUAGACUCUGGCAUGCAUGCAUCAGGUAGGGUACGGCAAGGUUGA